AUGGCCUCGUCGUCCAAUUACCAUUAUCCCGCUCUGGCAGCGAUCACCGGCAUAGCACUUGCUGCAUCUGGUUAUGCAUUAUCAUCGUCCAGCAGUACCGAUACGAGACGUCGGCGGAGACGAAUAAAGAGCAGAAUCUUGAAAGAACGGGAUGGAAGAUACAUUAUGGGUUUGACCAACACGGGCAAUUCGUGUUUCAUUAAUUCCGUACUCCAGGCUUUGGCGACCGUGACACCCCUUCGUUCUUACCUUGCCGAGCGUGUUGAUGAACGGGGAGACGAGAUCGAAAGAAUCGAGCUGACAAGGAACGACUAUGUAUUAGAAUCCGUCGCCUAUGCUUUAUAUACAACAAUCGAAAGCAAGCCACUGGCCAAGCCCCGGUCCAUGGCACCGGCCGACCUUGUUCAUGCCUUAGAGCGGAAAACGAAUGGAAGAAUCAACCGAGAACAGCAGGACGCACAAGAACUGUUCCAGAUCAUCUCGCAUGCCUUGACUUCCGAAGAAGAUGUGCAAUAUCGCGAAGAACCGUCGUCUCUUUUGGAUGCAGGAGCUGUCCGCAAGAUGGCGAUCGAUAACGAUCCAAACUUGGACCAUUUUGAAACUUCGUCAGUAUCGUCCAUGGGCACCACCGGAUCCAUGUGGAGCUGUUUCUCGGUAUCCACUGUAGGUGGCUAUUUACGAACUAGACCUCGUCGUCCGAAAAGUCCGUUCACUGGCUUAACUGCAACCAAAAUCAGCUGCAUGAAGUGUGGCUAUACAGCACCUAUUCGUCAUAGCACGUUUGACAACAUAUCGUUGACGAUUCCACAAACUCUGAGCUGCACGCUCCAAAGCUGCAUUGAUACAUAUACCAAGGUGGAUGUAUUAACGGAUUUCCGAUGCCGAAAGUGUAUGCUGAUGGCUACAUUGGACUCGCUGAUGAACGAGUUUGCCAAAGCAUCAGCAUCAGGCUCGUCGAUAUCCGAAGAAGAUAAACAAGAACUUAAAGGCAAGAUACAGAUUAUCAAGGAUGCCAUGAAAUACAACGUAGAAGCUCCUUUACCGGGCAUUCCAUUAGUGACACCAAGGACAACCUCGUGCACAACCAAACAAACAAUGUUGGCCAACCCGCCCAAGUCGCUGUGUUUCCAUCUGUCACGAUCCGUGUAUCAUCCGUCUGGCAUCGUCCAAAAGAACCAUUGCAACGUCAAGUUCUCGGAAUACCUCGACUUGGCACCUUACACCACCAAUGGAUUCCUCAACACGAGCGAUCCAGCCGCUGCAUUGAGCACACCACCGCCACCGACCAGCAGCAUGUCGCAAUCGCGUAUCAGUCGGACGAGUCUGGUGUACCUGCGCAAUAUGGCAGCUGGCCAUCGAUUCGCUCAUGGACGCGACGGGUUGAAUGUGGCCUUGGUGAACAAGGACGAGGAGGUGGUGCACAAUGCCUUACCUUCCAUGUCCAUGCCGACUGUCCGCACCAUCCCGUAUCGACUCACUGCGGUGAUCGUUCACUAUGGUGGCCAUGAGUCGGGCCAUUUCAUCACAUACCGGCGCAAGAAGUUACCCACGGGUCAGGAUGUGCGUCGAGCACCGGGAGAAGAAGACCCGGAGCCAAAGAAGCCAACGACGUUCUGGCGAUGCAGUGACGAGCUUAUAGAAGAAGUAGAUUUGGAAACUGUACUGUCUAGUGAAGCAUACAUGCUGUUUUAUGAACGAGAUGUAUAA